AUGACCAACAACCCCAUGAUGUCCCUCUCUCAUUCCCCCUCCGACUCCGAUUCCACCGCGCCCUUCCAACGCCAGCCACCAUCACCACCACCACCCGCGAACCCUUCCUCCGCCGCAACCUCAUCCGGAAAGAAGCCACGUGGCAGGCCCCCGGGCUCCAAAAACAAGCCCAAGCCCAAGCCCAACAGCGUCCUAGUACCCGAGGCCGCCGGUGUUGACCAGUCCUUCGUCAUCAUCGACGUGCCCCAGGGCGAGGACAUCAUGGGGUACAUUGUCGAUUUGGCUUGUCGCGAAAACCUGAGCGUGACGGUCGUCAACGGGAGCGGCAACAUCGCCAGCGUCACCCUCCGCCACGCAACGCAUGGCUCAGCCGCUUCCACGCUGCAUGGGCCCUUCUCCCUCGUCUCAUUCUCUGGCACCUUUCUUUACAACAACCAUUACACCCUUCCCGCUGGGGCCACCCCUCCCCCGUGCAUAACGUUCGGAAUCAGCCUCUGCGACUCCGAGGGCCACGUCUUUGGCGGUGCCGUCGGCGGCAAAGUCGUCACCGGAGAUAUCGUCAGCCUCACCGCCUCCACCUUCAGGAAUCCCAAGAUUUACAAGUAUGAUCUAGAAGAGGAUUACAACAGUGACAAUGAUAACAGUGAUAAUAAUCUGACUGAAAAAGUCGAUAAGAUGACCUUAUAA